AUGAUCGCUCCAACGCUGCAACCGCCUCCUCUGCUUCAAUCCCAGCUGCCACGGCGAGCCCCUGCUCACUCCAAUUCCCCGCACACGGCCCCGAUUCGAGCACCCCUUGACGCCAUCAUCGAUAGUCCCUUUGCCGACGACAACGACGACAACGACGGCGACGACGACGGUGAAAACGACGGUGGAAACGAAGACGAUUUUGUUGCGUCCGCAGCAGCCUCAUUCCCUUCGUCAUCCGCGAAGAACGGUCUCUCCAGCGCGAUGGAUCCGAAUGCCUCUCCCGGUUCCGCCAUGUACGGAACAGGCGGCGCAGGCCAAGAUGGCUAUGAUAUGACGAGCAGCCAAGGCAGUCUGCCUUCGAUAGGCGAGACCCCUCGGCAUGUCGGCGGCGCGGGAGGGUCUACUGACUCCAAGGAUAACCUAACCCCGAGGAGCAACGGGCCCAUGUCCGCCGGGCCCUCGCCCUCGGUGAAUCAACAACCUCGCACCCCCGCCACAGCCAGCCUUCCUCCCUCAGCAUCCUCAGCUCACCUCUCAGGUUUAAUGUGCAACGUUCACCGCACCACCGGCCGUGAGCCUCACGCGCUAGUCGGGGCAACAACCACCGUUCUGGGCGACAAACUGUACGUCUUUGGAGGCAGAAUAUUAUCGAGGAGCCGCCCUGCACCUUUAACCUCUGACCUUUACGAGCUCGAUCUCAUCCGCCGCCACUGGACCAAGCUUGAAACCUCGGGUGAUGUUCCGCCACCCCGCUACUUUCACUCCAUGUGCGCCUUGGGGGAUACCAAACUCGUUUGCUAUGGCGGCAUGUCGCCUGCGACGAACCCAUCGAGCCCGUCGGUAAAUGACCAGCAACCAGAGAUGACAGUCAUGUCGGACAUUUAUAUCUACGAUGUGCCCUCGCGCAAGUGGGUAUCAAUUGAUACCCCUGACGCGCCGGAAGGCCGAUACGCCCACUGCGCCUGUGUCUUGCCCUCCUCCGCCGUAUUUUCGUCGAGCAAGGCGCCCCUUUCCGCCCUUCACCAUAACCCUUCUUCCGGGAACCCGAAUGAGGGCCGCCUAGGCGUGUCUAUCGACGGCACUGGGGGCGCGGAAAUGGUUGUUGUCGGCGGGCAAGAUGCCGCCAACCACUACAUUGAGCAGAUUAGUGUGUUUAACCUCCGCAGCCUCAAGUGGACCUCUACUCAGUCCCUCGGCAAGAGCUGCGGCGCAUACAGGAGCGUCGUCGCGCCACUCCCACCAUCUGUGACGGCCAAAAUUGGAAGGACACAGUCAGCGGGCCCCCAACGACCCGAGGGCGGGAUCAGCCAGGAGGCUCGGGAACCGGGCUCGUCCAUGCUGAUCUACUCCAACUACAACUUUCUCGAUGUCAAGCUAGAGCUCCAGAUCCGCGCCCACGACGGCACCCUGUCCGAGAAAGCCAUGGCGAGUACCUACUCGCCUCCCGGUCUGCGCUUCCCCAACGGCGGCGUUAUCGAUACCCACUUCGUUGUCAGUGGAACAUACCUCACCUCGAGCAAGCAAGAGUACGCACUGUGGGCGUUGGACUUGCGGACGCUCACGUGGUCUCGCAUCGAUGCGGGCGGCUCCGUCUUCAGCCAGGGCAGUUGGAACCGAGGAGUGCUCUGGAGCCGGCGCAAUACCUUUGUGAUCCUCGGGAACCGAAAGCGAAGUCUAGUUGACGACUAUAAUCAUCGGCGGAUCAACUUCUCUAACGAAGACAUCGCCAAUGUCCGGUUUCGUCUCAGCAAGCAGUCCCUAUGCGGGCCCUGGUCUGAGCGUUGCCCGCAAAGCAGGCUCCACGGCUGGGGGCGAUCUCAUUCUCGAGCUUCCGAGGAGUUGGGCGAGAAGGCCCUCGGCAUGCGCGAGCUAGCGGAUAUGGAUAUACUGUGCAUCACAGGCGAACGGAUCCCCGUGAACUCGAGGAUCAUUGCGCGCCGCUGGGGCCCGUACUUUGUACAGCUCCUUCGUGAAGGAACCGCCACCCAGGACGGAAGCGAUGCCGCGACUCUCCGUUCCGGUCUUACCAAUCCCAUCCGGAGUUCAAGCAUCGUCGCCGCCGGACCAGACCGCAACACGGUUGGUAGUACUCUCUCCAUGGCCAGCACUCUCGUGUCGGCCACGUCAUCAACUAAGCCUCCAAGCACGGCGGCAACCAGCCUCUCGGGUGGCGUCCUAUCUCCCGGUACGGUGGACCCCGUAACCAUGGCCACCAUCAACACGGCGCCGACCCCGAGAACCCUCCCGCCCAACUCCCGACCAAGGUGCCUCUACCUACCCCACACCUAUCUCACAGUGCAGGCUCUCAUCCACUUCUUAUACACAUCUUCGCUCGCGCCACCUUCCUCGCAGCUCUGCACCCCGCAGAUCCUGUGCUCCCUCUUACAAAUUGCUCGUCCCUAUCGCAUUGACGGCCUCCUCGAGGCCGUCGUCGAGAGACUCCACGCCCUCCUUGAUUCGCGCAAUGCCGCCGCGGUCUUCAAUGCGACAGCCAUGGCUGCAGGUGGUGGCCGUGGUAUCGACGGAUCCCUAAAUCCCAACUUCUUCGUUCCCUCUACCGAUCCCACAUUAACAUCCCCCGUCACCCCUGUCACGGCCGACAUGUCUCAGCUGGGGCAAAGCGGGGCUGGCAGCAGCAUUUCGGGCGCUAGCGAUAGCGCGGGUCAAAAUCUUGCCUCCCGCACCGCGACACUUCGCAUCAAUACCUCUGUGCCUAGCGUCGCCAGCACCCAGUCAAGUGGCCGGCCAGCCAGCGAGGAUAUGAGCGCGGCAACGAGUGUCUCGGGUUCAGAAUGGUCGUCCGAGAUUGGGGAUUCGGAACGGGGCGCCGGUGCUGGAGGCGCAGGCCCACGCGAAAUUUGGAGCGGUGAGCUCAGCUCCGUCAUCGGUCUGCAGAAGAGGGCCUCCGUGGCCUUAUGGAAGGCCGCCGAAUGA